AUGCCAUCUGCCAUCGCCGCCUGCAAAUUCGUGGGCACCACGAGUCUGGGUCUCUUCGCGGGUGCCUCGUACUCGUUGGCCGCCUUGUCCAUACCGUCGCUGCUAGCUCUUCCCUCGGCAAAGCCCGCCCAUCAUGUCCUGCUAUCGCUGAAACAAAGCGCCUCGCUGCACUUGCGCUCGCUUGCCGUCAUCUCGUUGCUCUCCUUCAACCUUGCCUACGCUCUCUCGCCAGCACGUGCCAGACAUCCCUACCUGCUCUGGACUUCUCUUGUCGCUGGUCUCGCCGCCGCCUCGGAUCUUAUCCCUGGUCAAACUCUGCCCGCUCAGAGCCAAGACGACGUCAAUGGCGAAACGGUCGAGAAGGCUGUCAGAUCUUCCCAAACCCUGGAGCAGGCAAGGGCUACUAUCGGCUUUGCUGGCUUCGCAAUGGCCGUCAUUGGCAUAUGGGGCGACGGUGCCUGA